CUUCUCCAGCCCCGUUCGAGCUCACAAGCUGCUGGAGCCAAGAAAUCUCAGGGAAAACUUCUCCCAUGCCCUCACAAAUCCAGCAAAAACAACAUUGUUUACUAGUUGUUCCUUUGCUACCGGUUUUGCUUUCUGUUCGAGAAGCUCUCUUUUUCAGUGUCAUCCCACUGCUAGCAGUCUAGCACAUCAAGAAUCUAGCGAAAAGGGAAAGAGUCAUUCUUUUUCGUCCAUCCUGUCCAAUCCGCCGAGCAGAGCCAAGAACCACUCGGGCGAGAUCUUGGCAUCCGCUCUAGCUCCAGUUCCGGCACCAAUCUGGCUGGCACCGGAAGCUAAGAUUUAGAAGAAGCCAGUUUCUCCAGCGAUGGCGGCGGCGCUGGAGUGCUGGUCGGGCCGGCCGAGCACGGACGAGGAGUCCAUGGUGGAGCAGGUCCUCAUGAAGCCCCACGCCCGCUCCGACGGCUCCCUCCCCACCUGCGCCGACUCCGCCGCCGCCGCCGACCCGGCCUCGGGCCCGGCGGCGCCCAAGAAGUGGCAGCGCCUGGGACGCAACUUCGCCGGCGCCAUCGCGGCAUUCAAGAACACCCUCAACCUGGACAACAACGGCGGCCUCCCCCGUGACCCCUCGCCGCGCGCCGUCGGCGACAAGCCGCCGCUCCUUCUCCGCGGCCUCGCGCAGCUCUACUCCCGCGGCGCCGCCGCGCAGCAGCUGCCGGAGAAGCUCGUCUCUGACCUCCGCCGCCACUUCGAUGCUCUCCCCAACAGCUACGGACAGGCAGGAUUUGACAUGAAAGAUGUCCUCUUGCACGCCCGUCUUGUAGAGCAGGCGGCCGGCGAGGAUCAGCUUGCAGUCAACAUCGAGGAAGUUCAUGGCAGAGAAAGUGGCGCUGAGGGCACCGGUUUCCAGCUCACAUUCGCCUGCAACGCGCCACUUUCAUGGCAGUCAAUGUCAGGCUCACUUGACAGCCCUUCAAUCACUUGCAAGAAGAUCCAGAUCUUCGAGAAGAGAGGACUCACACUUGGUGUUGUCAUGAUAAUUGUUCAAUCCGGGAACGAGGAGCUCUUCAAGAGCCGGGUCGAGGCUGCGCUAAAAUUGGCGACCAAGAAGCAGCGGAAGAACAGUGGUGGUGGUGGUGUGAAGCUUCCCUUCGGGCUUUGUGGCUGUCAGGAAGAAGGAUCGCGCAACUUCGAUGAGGAGUCUAUGUUUGAUCCAGAGGAUGGUCAGGUUCUUGACAAUGAGCCUGCUAGCCGACCACAGCUUCCCACCCCUCUGCCUCAGUCAUCAGUGUUUGUUUCAGUGGAUGAGUGGCAAACCGUCCGAUAUGGCGGUGAGGAAGUCGGACGCUGGAUCGUCAGCUCCGAGGAGAUUGAGUUUGUCGAUUGGGUUGGCCAAAAUUCAUUCAAGGGAGUUCAUAGAGGAAGGAAGGUUUGGGUUAACAAACUGAGGGGCUGUGACAUGGGAAGUGCUUACGAUGUCGAGAUCCGUCAGGACUUGUUGCAGUUGAUGAGCUGCGGCCAGAAGAACAUCCUCCAGUUCCAUGGCAUUUGCUUCAAUGAGAGCCAUGGGCUCUGCAUAGUAACUAGGAUGAUGGAAGGAGGUUCAGUUCAUGAUAUUAUCAUGCAGAGGAACAAGAGACUGUCGCUCCGGGACACGAUUAAGAUUGCUUUGGAUGUUGCUGAUGGCUUGGCGUUUAUGAACAGCUACGGCAUUGCCUACCGCGAUCUUAACACACGGCGGAUCCUACUAGACAGACAGGGAAAUGCCUGCCUUGGGGAUAUGGGCAUUGUUACCCCUUGCAACAAUGCUGGUGAGGUUACUGAGUAUGAGACAUCUGGGUAUCGCUGGCUAGCUCCAGAGAUCAUCGCGGGAGAUCCAGAGAGCGUGUCAGAGACCUGCAUGAGCAAUGUCUACAGCUACGGGAUGGUCCUGUGGGAGAUGGUCACCGGCGAGGAGGCCUACUCCACGUACUCACCAGUGCAAGCGGCGGUGGGGAUCGCGGCCUGUGGGCUGAGGCCGGAGAUACCGAGAGACUGUCCUCACCUCCUGAGGUCGCUGAUGACCCGGUGCUGGGACAACAGCCCUCUGAAGCGCCCUCAGUUCUCGGAGAUCAUCUCCAUCCUGCAAAAGCAGAGCAUCAGAUAGUUUUCUUUUUCUUGUUACCGCUAUGCCAUAUAGUGAGUAGUAUCUGUAAUG